AGUUAUGUUUGGUUAUAUUUACUAAACGUCACUAGUAUACGACCAACGAAGUACCGUUCAGCAAAUAGAUCCUGCUCGAUUAUAAUUUCUGGGUUAAAAGUGACGACGAUUAACGUAGAAAAUGCUCGCACUCAGAGAGUAUGCGAGUAGCGAUGAUAACAGUGAAUCCGAAGAAGCGCCAAGUGUCCAUGAAACAGAGACUGAGGUUAACGAUUCGAAAGUUCCUACUGACGAAGAAGUACAUUUGAAACCAUUGCCUGGAGGGAAAUCCAUAUCUUCCCUCGCCCUUCAAGUCAGAUUAGCCCCAGAAGUUAUUCCAACGGGUACAGAAUUAUGCGUCCGACACAUAGAUUCUACGUCGAAAGAGGUAAUGCACAAUCCUAAAUUUGAGGAACUCUUUGCACCUGAUGUAGGACCGGAUAAUCCGUUCAAAACGCAGCAGCAGAGAGCGACAAAAAAUAUGCUCUCUGGAUACGUAGAACAAGCACAUAUCAGUGAAUUUCAGUUCGAAAACCAGCGUCGAACUUUUGCUAGUUACGGUUACGCACUGGAUCCAACAGUUGAUGGUAGUACAGAAGAAGGAAAAACUCUCGUUGGCGCAAAAGAGGCUGCCGAAGAGACUGGAGCAAAGACAGUAUUUGAGAAUACAGAAUUGAGGCCUGCAGACAAAAGAAAAAGAAACAGAAACAAUGAUCCAGCCGAUAUUGAAGGAUUCUUGGGUCCUUGGGGAGGCUAUGUAGACGAAAGACGAGUGAUAAAACCUACCGAGGAGGAAGCUGCUGAACUUGAAGAGAUCUUAGCCAAAAGAAAUAAGAGGGGCAAACAGACCGAAGAUAAACCCCUUGAAGAGAAGACUGUGCUGCACAUCAAAGAUAGUGUGGAUUACCAAGGUCGAUCAUUCUUGCACGCACCACAAGAUGUGGGUGUCAAUCUACGGUCAGAAUCACCACCCGAUCGAUGUUUCUUGCCAAAAUCCCAAAUUCACACUUGGGAAGGACACACCAAGGGUAUUUCUCAAAUUCGGUGGUUCCCACGAACGGCGCAUUUGCUUCUUUCCUGCAGCAUGGACUGUAGAGUCAAGCUGUGGGAGGUGUACAAAGACAGGCGGUGUGUUCGUACUUAUUAUGGACAUCGACAGGCUGUGCGAGAUGUCAGUUUUGACAAUGAUGGAAAACGGUUUCUGUCUGCCGGCUAUGACAGAUAUGUUAAACUUUGGGAUACUGAGACUGGGGCUUGUCUCAGCCGUUUUACCAGUCGGAAAAUACCCUAUUGUGCAAAGUUCAAUCCUGAUCCAGACAAGCAGCAUCUGUUUGUAGCUGGAACAAGCGAUAAAAAAAUCAUUUGUUGGGAUAUUAGGUCUGGUGAGAUUACUCAAGAAUACGACAGGCACUUGGGUGCUGUCAACACCAUUACAUUCGUUGAUGAAAAUCGAAGAUUCGUCACAACUUCAGACGACAAAAGUCUCAGAGUGUGGGAAUGGGACAUUCCGGUAGACAUGAAGUACAUAGCCGAUCCGACAAUGCACUCGAUGCCAGCUGUUACUCCAUCUCCAAACCAAAAGUGGCUGGCCUGCCAAAGUAUGGACAAUAAGAUCGUGAUAUUCUCGGCUCUUAAUCGGUUCAAAAUGAACCGCAAGAAAACUUUUACCGGGCAUAUGGUUGCUGGAUAUGCUUGCGGACUCGACUUUUCUCCAGAUAUGAGCUAUCUGGUUUCCGGAGACGCAGACGGUAAAUGUUACAUAUGGGACUGGAAGACGACCAAACUGUACAAAAAGUGGAAAGCUCACGACGGUGUUUGCAUCUCGACUCUUUGGCACCCUCAUGAACCGUCUCGCCUUGCAACAGCUGGCUGGGAUGGUAAAAUCAAGUAUUGGGAUUAGAAUCACAAUUCAGUUGUAUACGAAAAUGAAAAUAAAAUGAAGAAACAAUUUGUAUAUUGUAUAACUAAGCGUAAUAUCGAACAUGUACAUAAAUUGACGAUUCUGUUUCUUUU